AUGAGCGCGAAUCCUCGCCUGCGGUCUGGGUUUCCAGCCCCAGCCGUCCCCAGACGACGAUUUCAGAACGACAACGAACCGCCAGAAGAUACCUUUGACUCAAAACUUGGGUUGAACAGAACGGCAAAGCUUCCUCAGGCCCAAGAAAAGGCAACUCCCCGCAUCUCCAACACUCAGCCGGUCAUUCCUUUGACGCUUCUCGAUGGGCCACAACAACGGCUGUACGCCUUUGCUGUUUACAUCUUGCUGUGGGCGUGGAAACUCUACGACUGGCUACAAGUAGUGGAGGAUGGAGAUGCCUCUUGGUGGCUCUUCUUGAAAUGGAUCCUCAUUGACUUUACUUUUCUCUUUGGGCUCCCCGAGCUGAGGAUACCCUGGCUGGAGCUCUCCCAGCUCGUGGUUACCGCUGUUUUUGCGUCUCACUUGGUGACCAAUUACAUGCUCAUGUUCAAUAUUCCGGGUUGGCUCCUCGGCGUUGCAAAGGUCCUCUACGAUCGUGAAAUCUCCGUCUCAGAACACCAUGUCAAGGUCUCCAAUAUCCUAAACAACCACUCGUUGAUCAUGGGCAAGCAAACCAUCAACAUUCUUCCCGAAGGUUCUGCCGUCCUCAACCCCGACCAUACGCCCUUUUGCUUGUCUGGAAAGACUCAGACCUCGGCCUCUCUCCCAAUCUUCUUCAACUCUACUGUUCCUGCCGAAAUCGAAAUCCUACGUCUCGAUCUCGACACUGGCAAAGAGGAGACCAUCAAGAUCCCGAGCCGAGAAAUAAACAAGGUGGCCAAGAUAAUUCGAGAACACAAUGCGGAUCCUGAUGCUGUCCCGUUUCAUUGGACAUACCCUGUCAAGAAGCCAGGCAUCUAUCGACUAAACAAAGUUUUGGACGAGUACAAGCUCGAAGUUCAAAGACCAGUCAGAGAUACAUAUGUGGUGCCUUGUCCACAAGCCAAGAUUCAAACGGCCGAAUCCUUGGACCGAUGUAUUCAUGAUCUAUCCAACCUGUCGCUUGACGUAGUUGGCACGCCACCACUGAAGAUCAAAUAUUCGCGAUCAAUUAAUGGAAAAGCCCAGGCUUUCCACUUUCAGAGUCUGCAACCAGAAGGCUUCACCUCGCCACUCGCCGGCACCUCCGGCUUGAGUCUAGACGAUGGCGAUGACGUUUCCUGGGUCAAGUCUCAAAAAGUAACCGUGAAGCUCAACGAAUCUCUGGCUACCCCUGGAGUGUGGGAGUAUUCAGUUGAGGAGGUGCACGAUGCACUUGGCAACGUUGUCAAAUAUGGCGAUGCCUACGAAGAGCUAGAUGCACCUAAGAUGAAAUGGCUUGCCCAGAAGUUUUCUGUCAAAGAGCGACCCAAGAUUCGCAUGAAGGGCUGUGAUUUGAGAAAUCCCAUCAGAGUGGCAAGGGGUCGUCCAGCCAAACUGCCCAUCAGCUUUGGCUUCGCCGGUCCUGUGGAUGAUACGUCUCACAAGGUUACCUGGGAAUUCUCGCCCAUCGAUUCGAUUACUAACAGCGGUGACCACGGCGACCAGGUUUCGAUUGGAGAAUACUCUCCCAAGAACUCGCUCGAUAAGCCGUUGGUAUCUGAACCUGGCCUCUACACAUUGAAGUCUGUUUCAAGCGGAUCUUGUGAGGGUGAAGUGGACGAGCCUUCCUCUUGUUUGUUGCUGAAUCCCCUGGAACCCCACCUCUCUCUGCGAACGGAGGAGAUACCCGAUAAAUGCGCCGGCAACUCUGUUGGUCUCCGCGUUGACUUGGACCUUGUCGGUACACCUCCAUUCACUGUACGAUACGACAUUAUCUCCGAUGGACGAGUUGAAAAACAGGCCCACCGUGUGGAUGCCUUGAGAUCCCAGAUUGAACUCGUUCCUCGAAAGGCCGGACGUUAUAAGUACAUCUUUAGAUCUAUCGACGAUGGUGUCUACACUGGAUUACCCCUGACGGGUGAAGACAAGGUCCUGGAGCAGGUAGUCAAGCCGGCUGCGUCGGCAUAUAUCUCCAACCCCGAGAAGACGAUUAACGCAUGUCUCGAAUCUGAGGUGGAUGUGGACGUCGUGCUUGCUGGAGAUCCACCAUUCAGCUUGGAAUGGGAGAUCAUCCACGACGGCAAGCGCAAGCCGGGACGUGCAGAGAAGAUUAAAGAUACCACCUUCAAGAUCCAGACAUCGACUUUGUCAAAGGGUGGAGAGUACAUUCUUGCUCUUAGUAGUGUCCAGGAUCAACGUGGAUGUCGAACUUUCUUGCAAGAUCAACUCAAAAUAUCUGUGCGUCGCCAGCGACCUAGGGGCGCUUUCGGAUUGAUCGAACAAAAGAACAGCAUCAUGGCCAUUGAGGAUACGGCUCUUCGCCUGCCACUUCGCCUUCAGGGAGAGGCUCCCUGGACUGUCUCCUAUCGAAACCUGGAUGGACCAUCCGAUAUCAUCACCAAGACCAUUACCGGACCAAAUGAUUACCUUUUGGUCAGGUCUCGAGGUACUUACGAGCUUGUUGACAUUGUAGAUAAGCAAUGCCCUGGAACUGUCGAACCCACUGCCUCCAAAUUUGAAGUCGAUUGGUUCCCCCGACCAGAAAUUACCAUCGUUCCGUCAAAGAGCAUCACAGAAGCCGGUGGCGUGUUUGUCAAACAGGAGAUUUGCGAAGGUGAUAUUGAUGGAUUUGAAGUCAAGAUGAAAGGAUCCGCUCCAUACCACGUGGAAUACGAGGUCAAACAUAAACCAGUGCAGGGCGCAGCUUCGCUUAGUUCAAGACGGUUCGAUGCCGCCUUGUCUAAGGCUGCUGUUGCCAUGGACACGUCCAGGGCUGGCGAUUACACUUACAAAUUCUCUGGACUUGCAGAUAAUCUCUACAACAGUGAUAAGUACUUCAACCCCCUGACUGUGCGGCAACGUGUGAACGCGAAGCCGUCUGCAACUUUCUCCAAGCCAGGCCAGACAUUCAAAUACUGUAUGGAAGAGCAAGAGCAAGAAGAUGUGAUUCCUAUUACUCUUACCGGCGUCCCCCCGUUCUACGUCGAAGUGGAAAUCAAGCAUCAAGUAGGAUCCCCUCCGGAAACUUACAGAAUUCCCUCCAUUCAAACCAAUAAUUAUGGCAUGUCUAUUCCUCGCCAGCAUCUCCGUCUUGGUAACCAGCAGUUACUCAUUCGCACCGUCCGUGAUGCACGAGGCUGCCAGAGGAAAUACGAGAUUGGCGGACCAUCUAUCCCAUCGAUCCAAGUCCAACUAUACGAUGCCCCUUCAAUAUAUCCACUGGAGUCUCGCAAGGAUUACUGCAUCGGCGAACGUAUCUCUUAUACCCUUUCUGGCACUCCGCCAUUUGACAUUGCUUACGAUUUCAACGGCCAAUGGAAUGCCAAGUCACAGACUACCAGCUUCCGGCGUAUUGCUGAGAAGCCUGGCGAGUUUACCAUUACUAGCAUCUCCGACAAGGCCAGCGAAUGCCGUGCUGCUGUCAAUAUCCCCAAAACAAUUCACCCUCUACCUAGCGUGCAGAUCAGCCGUGGUAAACACUCUCGAGUGGAUAUCCACGAAGGAAAUGAGGUGGAUAUUCUUUUUGAAUUCUGGGGCACACCUCCGUUUGAAUUCACCUACACGCGAAGCAGCAACGCCAAGAAGGGCCAGCGAAGUAUCGUACUCGAGACUAGACACGACAUCUCGUAUGAACAUAGCAAGGUCGUCAAGGCUAGCCAGGAGGGUACGUAUGAAGUUGUUGCAAUCAAGGACAAGUUCUGCUCCUUUUCCAUGCAACAGGUGGAGCAAAAGAAGGCACGAUAG